AUGCGUGUUCACACACAUCUACCACCACGCCUUCCCCAUCAUGAUCACCUUAAACUCCCAACAGACCUGAAUGUUGUGGUGGGAACCAAUGACUUAACCAGCCCAUCCUUGAACAUAAAGAAAGUCACCAGCAUAGUGAUGCACAAGGACUUUGAAAAAUUCACCAUGGACAAUGAUAUUGCCUUGCUGCUACUUGGCUCGCCCAUCAGUUCCAGUGAUCUGGAAGUGCCCAUCUGCAUGCCCCCCAAGACCAGCCCUUCCAAAUGGCAUGAAUGCUGGGUGGCAGGAUGGGGCCUGACCAACUCAGAUGACAAAAAGUCAAUGAAAACUGACCUGAUGAAAGCGCCCAUGGUCAUCACAGGUUGGGAAGAAUGUUUAAAAGUGUUUCCAUCGCUUACCAAAAAUAUGCUGUGUGCUGGAUAUGAGAAUGAGAGCUACGAUGCCUGCCAGGGUGACAGUGGGGGACCUCUUGCCUGUACCACAAGGCCUGGCAGUAAAUGGUACCAAGUGGGCAUCAUCAGCUGGGGCCGGAGCUGUGGAAUGAAGUAUACCCCGGGAAUAUACACCGUGUUGGCAAACUACAUCCUCUGGAUCGAGAAAGUGACCAAGAUGGAGGGGAGGCCCUUGGGAGUUAGGAUGAAGAUUCGCAGAAGGCUGCAAAAUGGCAAGCCAGAGAUCACCUGUACCUUUCACAUGGCUUCCCCCAUGAGCUCUUGUGCCCUGGGCCUUGGACACCCUGCAGAUUAUUCCCUCCCCAAGCAAAGAACGGCCAUUAAACACCUAUACAGAUGUUCAACGUCUCUACUCAUCAGGGGAAUGCAAAUUAAAAUGACUGUGAGUCAGAAUGGCAACCAUCAAAUGGCAGCACGUGCUGGCGGGGGUGUGGGGAAAGAAAGAGGAACCGCGUCCCCUGCUGGAUGGAGUGCAGACUUGCACAGCCCCUCUGGGAGUCAGUAUGGAGACGCCUCAAAAGGCUGAACAUAGAACUACCAUCAGAUCCAGGUAUACCUCUUUGGGGCACAUACCCUGAAGACUCCACUAUUCCACAGAGACACUUGCUCAACCAUUUUCAGUGCUGCUCUACUCACCGUAGCCAGUAACUGGAAGCCGCGCAGAUGAAUGGUGAAUGAAGACAUGGUACACUACGCAGUGGAGUUCUACUCAAGAUGGAGGAGAAUAUGGGCGAGAACAGGGUUGCAUGAAGAAUACAUCAAGAGAAAGCUAACUGUCUAGCAGGAGAUGGGUCACCUCCACCCCAUCUGCCCAGGCCCAGAGAUCUUUCUAGGGGAAGCGGUGACACAAUUACCGCUCGCACGUCUAGUCGGAAAACCAGCCCCGGGGAAAUGACAACAGACACUGUGGUCUCUCAAGCCUCAUAGAAACAGAGGGCCAGAGUCUACAGAGAAAGCAACACUAAAUCAGAUCCCUAUGUUGCCCACCAAGGCUCAAGGAGCAUCGCUGAAGAGGGGGCGGAAAGAGUGUAAGAGCCUCAUGGACGGUAGGACCUGAGACACCAUGUUUCCCCCAUUCCUACAGAAACUGAUGGAGGCCAUCUUGGUCCCCACAACGAAUAAUAACCCACCAAAGACCCUUAGCUGAACUGGAGCAGGAGAGAGGGAGUCUACAUGUGCAACCUUUUUGUAAAAAUAUUUUUUAAUGGGGCUGGAGAGAUGGCCUAGUGGUUAAGUGCUUGCCUGUGAAGCCUAAGGACCCUGGUUCGAGGUUUG